GCUAGCAAUCUGAGUUAACGCGACGAGUUUGCCUCAGUUGGUUUCUGUGUGUGUCCGCUGCCCUGGACAACUUACCGACUACUUCAUUCGUCCUGGCAUCCCCGGAGUGAUGUACAUCCGAUGCCACACGAUAGAAAUUUCCAAAAGGCAUUGCGGAUGUCAAGGUCACAAUGAUGGAGCAGAAUAGAAAGACACUUUGAUCAGUGUCCAAUGCCAUCUGAGUGACUGGUUCUUAAGUCUGGCAGUGUAAGACCUGGAUUGUGGCAGAUUUGGCACAGGCCUGAGGGUAUGUUGAGACGUCUUGCCAGGCCAGAGCAGAGGCGUCUAGGUGGUUCGGACGGGGACUGAAGGUGUGGAGGAAAGACAGACGAGGGACCAGGGAGGAAGACAUGGGCCAGUGUGUCACAAAGUGUAAGAAUCCGACGUCCUCACUCGGGAGUAAGAGUGGAGACAAAGAGAGCGGCUCCAAGUCCCACAAGAAAGGAAGCAGUGCUGGUGGUGGUGGGGGCCACAAAGAAGAGCCCGGUGCCCCGUGUAGCAAAGCCACCAGCGAGCUGUCGAAUGGCACGAAGGCAUUGGAGGUCACAGUGGAGACCCCGGUCAUCCCUGCAGUGAUGGGCGAACCACGCAAGGACGAGUGUCUGGAUGGAGACGGGCUGUCAAUACUGCGCAUUAAUGAGCUGUUCUGCUGCUACAAGGAUGAGCAUGAAGACGCCAUCUUGGAGGAAGGCAUGGAGAAGUUUUGUAAUGACCUGUGUGUGGACCCAGCAGAGUUUCGUGUGCUUGUUCUUGCCUGGAAGUUUCAAGCCGCUACCAUGUGCAAGUUUACAAGGAAGGAGUUUGUUGAUGGCUGCAAAGCCAUCCAGGCAGACAGUCUCGAGGGUAUCUGCUCACGUUUCCCCUGCAUGCUGUUGGACGCCCAGGGUGAGGAGAACUUCAAGGACUUAUACCGCUUCACCUUCCAGUUUGGUCUGGACGCUGAGGAGGGCCAACGCUCGCUGCAGCGCGAAAUCGCCAUCGCCCUGUGGCGCCUGGUUUUCACCCAGGACACACCCUCGAUCCUGGAGCACUGGCUGGACUUCCUGGGGGAGAACCCCUCAGGUAUUCGGGGCAUCUCAAGGGACACGUGGAACAUGUUCCUCAACUUCACCCAGGCUAUUGGGCCUGACCUGAGCAACUACAGCGAGGACGAGGCCUGGCCCAGCCUCUUUGACACCUUCGUGGAGUGGGAGUUGGAGCGCAGGAAAAGAGAGGAGGAACAGGCACUGGUGGCAAUGGAGGAAGAGGGGAGGUGUUCUGAGACAGAGUGUUCUCCCACCACAGAUAGACUUGAAACAGAGGGAAGCCGCGGCUCACAGACGUGGGGGGGCCACUGACCAGGAAACAAGAAAUAUUUGUAAGGAAGGGAAGGAUAUGACCUACGUGUGAACUGUACAUCUGUGAAUCAUUGGAUGAAUAUUAGUAUUACCAUUACAGCUGUUCAUUUUGCUCUCCUUUCCUGUUGGGCUGGGAUUCCUGCUUUGCAACCUUAUUUUUUCAGUUUCUGAAAGGGCUCUAAGAACUGUUAUGUUUUAAGCACUUCUAUUUAAGUUAUUGUUUUACUUUUCUCUCCUCCCAAGAGUGUUUUUAAGUAAUUGGACACGUGGUCCAUUUUAACCCACAGCUUCCUACCAUAACCCAGCAGAUACAGCCCAGUAAAGGUUUUAAAAACAGGCAACAGAAAGCCAUAACCGUUCCCCACAGUUAUCAUUUAGACAGUUCAUUUUGAUCUGGUAACACUGCUGAUAUGUUUUGUACGAGGAAAUUGUUAAUAACGAAGAAGGGAAAUUUGGCACAACUGGUCUACAAAUAAUUUCUUACUACCAAAACAUGCGAUUUACCACAAGGGUCAGGAGUCAGUGAAAUCAUUUUUAUUGGACUAAUGUCAUUAGAUUGUAUGCUUUACUCUUGCAGUGGUGUGAGGAUGAAUUGGUUGCACUUGUAUUGCCUUCACAAUUGUUUGCCUGUAAUUACACGGCAAACAGUAAUGGAUUACAAUUCUGUCACAAGGGCAUUUUAUUUUUUAAAAUGAUACAAAGUUGUAACAUCCAUUUUAAAAUCCAAGUUGGUUUCCAUGUUAACAGACCCACCCUCUCUUCUGCGUUGAGUGUUUUUGAGUGCUACUAGUGCAGUGAGCGGCUUAGCUUGUUUAAGCAGCUGGCUGUGCUCCCCUUUGACCUCUAGCAUGUACCAUUUUGAUGUCCACCUAUUUUCAAGAUAUUGGCUAAAGCUAGGUCUAGGUCAUUUCUCGACAGAAGAUGCCUAAACCUGCGUUACAUUCAGGACCAUUACACUGGGCGCCACACAAAUCUUAUAUUGUUUACCUGCAGGAGUUUAAGAGUCUUCACAUCCUUAAACUACCAUAUUUAAAAAAAAAAAAAAAAAAAUGUGUGCGCACUUCACAAAUAAUGUCGAUUGCUGCUGGUGAUGGUUGUAAUGGAUUGCACAAAAACCAAUGGCAUGCUUAGUUGCUAUACUUGCAAUGCUUUGCAGAGAGAUUGAUGUCAACCACAUUAUUUCCAUUUUAAAACCUGUAGAUUGAUCUUAAGUAUAGCCUAGGGUGUUUUGGGAUGAAUGAAUGAUGAGUGUUAACUAGACAUUCUGGCUAAUCAAGAGUCUGUGAUAUGGGUCCGGUGUGGUGGCCAUAACCUGAGCUAUUUGGUUUACAUCUACAAUGAUUUUAUCUCAGACCCCCUUUGUCCUUUUUUUUUUAUAUAAAAUGUAUUGAUUUAUAAUAAAUAAAAACAGUGUUGAACUUUU